AUGUCUGUCAAAGGCCGUGUUGCCAUCGUCACUGGUGCAGGAGGGGGUCUUGGGCGGGAAUACGCCCUCUUACUCGGAAAGCUAGGAGCCAAAGUCGUAGUGAACGACUACGGCGGUACACUCGAAGGCCAAGCCGGAACCAUUACCAGAGCCCAGUCAGUGGUAGAUGAGAUCAAAGCGGCCGGCGGCAUUGCUAUCGCCGACGGACACGACGUCUCUGUCCAGACCCAAGCUCAAGCCAUCGUGGCCAAUUGCCUCGCGGAAUACGCCCGUGUUGAUAUCCUCGUCAACAAUGCCGGUAUCUCUGGAAAGCCAAGUUCUCACGCGGCGCUUGAUGCACUGGCUUUUAUGAGAGUCAUUGAGAUUGGCGUCCUAGGAGCACAGCUCAUGACAAGUGCCGUUUGGCCUACCAUGGAGAAGCAAGGACACGGUCGCAUUGUCAACGUAUCUUCAGAUGCCAUCAUUGGAUUCGGCGCUGGCGGUGAUUGCGCCUAUUCAGCUUCCAAAGGCGCAGUCUAUGCCAUCACGCAAGAUCUUGGACGGUUCGCCCCAUCAUGCGGGAUCAAGCUUAACGCCAUUUUACCUUCGGGUGCAUCACGGAUGGGAGACCUCUCAGAGGCAUCCAAAAUGAUCACGCAGACGUACUUUGAAACCAGCAAAUGUGCGCCGUUGCUCGUUGCAUUAUGUGCUGAUGAAUGCCCUGUAUCUGGCGUCUGUAUCGCUACGGGAGCGGGGAGAGCUGCACGUGUUGCACUGGCGACUUUUCCUGGGCAUACAAAUGAAACGACAGCGGAAGGUUUCUUGGAGAAUUGGAACAAGGUCAUGGGUGAUGAGAAGGAUGUUUACAUUCCCAAGGAUACUUUGGAUCAUGUAAGAUAUGGAGUUCGCUUGGCAUCUGGACUAGAAGUGCCUGAGUUGCCAUCCCUGGGCAUCAUACCAACCAGCAGUAAAUAG